CCGCUUUUAAUACAGAUGCCAUCCUCUGUUCGCCUGGCAUCCAGCACCGAGCGAGGCGAGCGAACCGCAGGCAGCGGACGUACAGAGAGAGACCGGCAAAACAACACCAUGACAUCACAGAACACAUACGACGUUAUUGUGAUCGGCGGAGGAAUAUCAGGGCUGAGUGCAGCUAAGCUACUGAAGGAGAAAGGGCUGAGUCCUGUGGUUCUGGAAGCAAGAGAUCGGGUUGGUGGACGGACCUUCACCGUACGGAAUGAGCAGACUAAGUAUGUUGACCUGGGUGGGGCCUACAUCGGGCCUACACAGAAUCGGAUCCUCCGAUUGGCUAAAGAGUACGGAGUCGAGACCUACAAAGUCAACGAGGAGGAGAGGCUGGUGCAUUAUGUAAAGGGAAAGUCCUACCCAUUCAGAGGCUCCUUCCCCCCCAUGUGGAAUCCAUUUGCCCUGAUGGACUACAACAACCUGUGGAGGAAGAUGGAUGAGAUGGGCAGCGAGAUCCCCAGAGAGGCUCCAUGGAGGGCUCCCCAUGCUGAGGAGUGGGACAAGAUGACCAUGAAGCAGCUCUUUGACAAGAUCUGCUGGACCAAUUCUGCGAGGCGGUUUGCCACUCUGUUUGUGAACGUGAAUGUGACCUCUGAACCCCACGAGGUGUCGGCCCUGUGGUUCCUCUGGUACGUCAAGCAGUGUGGAGGGACCAUGAGGAUUUUCUCCACCACCAACGGAGGACAGGAGAGGAAGUUUGUGGGCGGUUCCAGCCAGAUCAGUGAGUGUAUGGCCAAGGAGCUGGGUGAGUGUGUCAAGAUGGAAUCUCCCGUCUACAGGAUCGACCAGACAGGGGACAUGGUCGAGGUUGAGACUCUCAACAAGGAAACAUACAGGGCGAAGUAUGUGAUUGUGGCGACCGCCCCUGGUCUGAACCUGAAGAUGCACUUUAACCCCGAGCUGCCCCCGCUCAGAAACCAGCUGAUCCACAGGGUCCCCAUGGGCUCUGUCAUUAAGUGUAUGGUCUACUACAGAGAGAACUUCUGGAGGAAGAAAGGGUACUGUGGCACUAUGGUGAUCGAGGAGGAAGAGGCCCCCAUCAGCUUGACUCUGGAUGACACAAAGCCUGAUGGGACUGUGCCCGCCAUUAUGGGCUUCAUCCUGGCCCGUAAGUGUAGGAAGCUAUGUGAACUGACCAGAGAGGAGAGGAAGAAGAGGAUCUGUGAGAUCUACUCCAGAGUGCUGGGCUCAGAGGAAGCUCUGCAUCCUGUGCACUAUGAGGAGAAGAACUGGUGUGAGGAGGAGUAUUCUGGAGGCUGCUACACUGCUUACUUCCCCCCUGGUAUACUCACCCAGUACGGCAAGGUUAUCAGGAAGCCAGUAGGCAGACUGUACUUUGCAGGCACAGAGACAGCUACUGAGUGGAGUGGCUACAUGGAGGGGGCUGUUCAGGCAGGGGAGAGGGCCGCCAGAGAGAUCAUGUGUAUGAUGGGCAGGAUUCCUCAGAAUCAGAUCUGGCAAACAGAGCCUGAAUCAAUGGAAGUCCCACCACUCCCAUUCGUUACCACCUUCUGGGAGCGGAACCUCCCGUCGGUGGGUGGGUUCAUCAACUUCCUGGGCGUAGCCUCUGUCCUGUCUGUUGCCACGACAGCAGGCCUUUUGGCCUAUAAGAAGGGGCUUCUCACCUGGAGCUAAACCUAAACCCCUCCCACUUUCCUCAUUCUUCUCUCCUGUAUCUCUACAGAGCAAUUCUCCAAUGGCACCCUAUUCCCUGUACAGUGCACUACUUUUGACCACAUGUGGCUAUGGUUCUAAAGUAAAGCACUAUAUAGGGAACAAGGUGCCAUGUUAGAUGUAGCCACUGUGUGUUAUAGGCCUUGGUAAAGACUGUUUAACUCUGUCAUUCACUACUGUACCAUCACCCCCAUCCAUUGUUCUAAAACUAGUGUAAACAGUCUCCCAACAGACCAUCUCUCAAGACCAACUCACAAUAAUGGUGUCUGUUCUGCUAAGAUUUGUGUCUUUGACACCUUAGAUUUGCGAUGGAAGAUGUGAGUGGAUAGAGAGAAAGAGUGUGUGUGAGAGAGAGGGGGGAGUGAGAGAGAGAGGGGGAGUGAGGGGGAGUGAGAGAGAGCAAAAUAAACCAAAAUAAUUCAGACUCUUUAACCAAUGAAGGAUGACAACUAAAUCAGAGUUAAUGAAAAAGAAACAGUAGCUGAUGACCAUUAUCAUUCCAGAAAUGUCCAAUAAAUUCACAAACCUGCGUUGACUGUUU